AUGAAAGCAAUCAAGCAGCGAAUGGAGAAAGACAUUGACCAAGUCGGCAAAAUUGCUCGUAUGGCGAAAACAAAAGUUGAUGAACUGGACAAAGAUAACUUAUCUAACAGGAAGAAACCUGGAUGCGAGGAGGACUCUGCGGUUGAUCGAUCAAGGGAACAGACUACUGGAGCAGUGAAAAAGAAACUGAAGAAACGGAUGGACGAUUUUCAGGUGUUGAGAGAAUCAAUCCGGCAGGAGUACCGGGAAGUCGUUGAAAGAAGGGUAUUCACUGUAACUGGUAAUCGCCCUGAUGAAGAGACAAUUGACGAUUUAAUCGAGACAGGGAGAAGCGAGCAGAUUUUCAAAGAUGCGGUUCAGCAGCAGGGGAGAGGCCAGGUAUUGGAGACUGUUGCUGAGAUACAGGAGCGGCAUGAUGCUGUAAGAGAUCUAGAGAGGAAGCUUCUGGAGUUGCAGCAGAUAUUCCUGGAUAUGGCGGUGUUGGUUGAGGCUCAAGGAGACAUGCUCAACCACAUAGAGACACAUGUUUCAAAUGCUACCAACCACAUACAGCAAGGCGUGGGUGCUCUCCAGAAGGCAAAGGCGCUUCAGAAGAACUCGAGAAAGUGGAUGUGCUACGCCAUCAUCCUUCUGCUGGUGGUAGUGGCUAUCGUCGUGCUCGGGGUGAUCCAGCCAUGGAAGAAGAAGUAA